AUGGCGACCAUGGACGAGGUACCAUAUCGGUCACCCGUACCCCUUCAAUGGGAGCUAGCUCGACAGGCAGAGAUUUUCCUCGAAGAUAGCCUAUGGCCCCAAGCAUAUAGCCUUCUCUUCAAUGUCCUUGCAUCAGGCACUAUAUCAUCAACAAAGGCAGUGAUUCCACUGCCGCAGCAUCUGGCUGUUGCAGCCACGAUACUCGUGCACCCAAGAACAACAACGCGCGCCGAGUCGGAGUAUGAAAAGGAAGCACCCAACGCAGCUUUACGGUUUCUUCGGCUGACGAAUUCACUCGUUGGUCCCACGGAUGCAAACUUUAAUCUCGCUUUCGGCUUCACCCAGUUUGCGCCUUCGCGACAGGGUGGGCGGCGCGGGGAAAGCCCGAUCCUCGUUGAGCAUGGCAAGCCUGAUACCAGGCCUCUGAAUACGAAAUUCAACCAAGCUGCCUCGGUGUGGCACUGCGCAGAGGAUUUCUGGCACGCUGUCGGUUGGGCAUUCAACUGUUCAGUACUUCACCCGGCCCGGUGGGAGCGCUGGCAAAUAUGGCUCCAGUUUAUGUGUAAUGUACUCGAAGAUGAUUGGAAAGAGCGCGAAAAGAAACACCAAGAGGCAAAACAAAGCCAAAGGGAUACCUCGGUCCGGUCAGAGAAGUAUGAGAUGUCGGGGAGGUCGGAGAGGUCGGAGAGGGAGGCCUCGCAGGGCGCUGGACCCACCAAGGAAGGAAACCGCAGAGGCAGAAAACCUAAGGUGAAGGAGGUGCAGGAUGACCUUGUGAUCUUUCGAGAAAGCCUGAUCUUCCGAUACAUCGCCUCAAACACCACAGCGGGACGGAACCGCAGAAUCAUGCGCGCAAUUUUUGCCAAUGGCAAAUCAAAUCUCGGCGAGUUCAAGGAGGUAUUCAAAGAUGAAUUAAGAAUUCCUGUUCCCGAACAAGAGUUGCAUAAUACCAAGAAGAGGGCAGGUGAUAUCAACCUCGACAAAGAUGAAUAUGGCGACUACCAGGACAAUUCAGACGAGGAUUUCGAAGCUAGUCAAAGCUCAACCUCGGUAUCACCUCCAACCAAGGGAUCGAAUGCUAGCGAGCCACGACGUAGCAAGCGAACCCGACGAGGAACGCGAAAUGCAAUGGACGAAGCCGACCCCAUCAAGAUGGCCAAAAACAAAACACCCUCCCAAGAAAACAGCAAUCUAUCCUCGCUAGGCGGCUACACCUCCCUCGCCCUCCGCCAACAACUCCUCAGUAUCCUCUCCAGCGUCUCAGAAAAACUGCCCCGGAACUUUAUGCCUCUAGACGACCUCUACGGCAUGUUCGUUGAGAACAUCCGGGACCUUUCCCUCCCGAUCUUCCAACAAUUUAUCAGCCCCUCCAACCUCCCGCACCUCCUACCCGAAGCGCACUCUACUCUCUGCGAGCUCCUCCUCUUCGUCAUCCGCGAGAGCUCUGCCCCCAGCUCCGAUGAUAACUACCUUACCCAGGCCAAGCUGGAGAAAUGCUUCCUCCCGUACGCAGCGGCUACUCCAAGCGCCGGGAACAAUGCCAAAGUCUCCAUUCUGCUUGAGGCAUUGAUGACACUCCUCCAUAAAAGCAAGAUGCUCUCUGUGACCCCGUCGCUGGCCGAAGCUGUCCGGUCUGGGAUUGCGCGUCGUGAGCAGGCUAGUCGUGAUCGGGACUCGGUUGAAUGGGCUUAUUUGAAGGAGAGUGGGUUUAGGAUGAAGUUCAUGGUCAAGCAUAUCUUGCCAUGA